ACCUCCUUGUGCCAAGACACCUUUUUACCUUGUUUUUAAUUGCAAGGAUAAUAUUAUAUUACACCCUGACCGUGUUCGGUAUAUAAUAUACUCCUCGGGAUAUUUUGAAGUCGUAAAUUGAGUUCAAUGUGUACUUACGGCGUAUCGGUAUAUCUCUUAGGGUCAGGCGGUAUAUUUGAUCGAUAAGUUCGCGGUCACUUGGAUAAGGAUGCGGGAUAAUAUUACAAGGAAUUAAAACACAAUAGUUGGAAAUGUAUAUAAGCAUAUCCGUCGGCAGCUUCAUAUCUCUGAUAGUAGGCAUCCUGAUUGCAAUAUAUCUGUACAGGCUUCUGGAGCAGGAUGGUGAGUUGUCCAUUGACACUACUUGCAUUCAAUAUGUGACAAUUCUCGCUUAUACUUUCGCCCACGCAGCUCCACAAAAAGUAAACAGGAAGCCACAGAAUCCAGAGUAUCCUCUGCCGCCCUCCCAUUCACCGCUGCACGAGUUCCCGCGGGCUGGCAUCUGCACCGACAACGAUGUCUGCGGCCUCAUGGCCAGGAAGGCCCUGGAAGAUGGCGGCAGCGUUGUGGAUGCCGCACUCACUGCUCUGCUCUGCAAUGGUCUCAUCGGCAUGCAAAGCAUGGGCCUUGGCGGUGGCAUGUUGAUGAAAAUUUAUAUACACGAAGAGCGAAAAUCCUACAGCAUUUGUGCCCGCGAGAUAUCUCCAAUGUCCCUACGUGCCGAGAACUUCUCCAUCUUCCGGAAUGAACAGGAGUUUAAGCAGUCCAGCUGGUCCAUUGCGGUGCCCACCGAGCUGGCUGGCUAUGCCCUGGCCCAUCAGCGAUUCGGCCGGCUGCCCUGGUCGGAGCUGGUGAAACCAACGCUGGGACUGUGCCACAGCGGAUAUCGCCUGUACAAGCAUCAAUAUGAUGCCCUUGCCCUCAACCGAGAAAUGAUCAAGGGGGAUCAUCUGCUGCGGCAAAUGUUCAUCGAUUCCAAAACAGAUGACUUUUGGCCCAUUGGCCAUUUCAUUCAGCCUCCUGCCAAAUUGUGCCGCACCUAUGAGCGCCUAGUCGCGGAGGGGCCCUACAGCUUCUACAACGGAUCCCUGUCCGUGGAUCUGCUGGCCGACUUGAAGGACAUGGGCAGUGUUAUAAGCAAGGAGGAUCUGAAUCGCGCCGAUGCUAAAAUAACCGAAUCGCUGGUGAUGCCUCUGGACGAAUACGAUUUGCAUUUGACGCCCUUGCCGGGCAGUGGACACGUCCUAGGCCUUAUAAUGAGCAUAUUGCGAAAUUUUCGCAGGGAUUUUGCACGCACCAACGAGAUGGGGCCCCUGGAGGUGCAUCGAAUGGUUGAGGCCAUGAAAUUUGGCUUUGUCAAGCGAUGGCAACUAGACGAGGAGGCCGAUGAGCAGCUACUGCAAAGCAUGACCAGCUCCAAGGUGUCCGCCAUCAUGGCGGAAGAAAUCGAUGAUUCGAUGACGUUCAACAGCCCCCGGUCGUACGGGGCGCCGGCGGAGAUACGUGUGCGAGAGGAGCACGGUACGGCCCACACAUCGGUGCUGCAUGACAACGAUGCCGUUUCGGUUACCAGCACCAUCAAUUUCUACUUCGGCAGCGGACGCACGGGAAAGCGUACUGGUGUGCUAUUCAACAAUGAAAUGUCCGACUUCUCCAUCAAGCAGCUGCGGAACUACUUUGAGCUACCCUUUGUCCCGGGCAAGAACAGGGUGACACCCUCCACCCGGCCCAUGUCCUCCAUGAGCCCGCUCAUUGUCACGGAGCGGUCGACGGGGAAGGUGCGGCUGGUUGUGGGUGCCGCCGGAGGCACGAAAAUCAUUUCAUCUCUCGUUCCGCUUCUUGUGCGGAUACUUUGGCAGCAGACGAACAUUAAAUAUGCCAUUGAUGCCAGUCGCAUCCACCACCAGAUGCUGCCCAAUGUGCUGCUGUACGAGUACGGGCUGCUGGAUGGCUAUGUGAAGAGCCUGGAAUCGAGGGGACAUGUUUGUGAACGCUAUCUGAAUCGUGGCUCUGUGAUAUGCGGCAUAACCCAAAAGAAUGGCACCAUUCUGGUGAACUCGGACUUUCGUAAACCCGGUGGAGUCACUGGAUUCUAAGUUGAGG